AUGUCAAAGCGAGAGGCGUUUUUAGAGUCCGUCUGUAAGGAAAAUGUGGAGGACUUCCUUCGCUUUAUCCAGCUUCAUAAGGACAAAGCGGAGCCUUUCGAUGUGGAGGAGGUGGUGCAGGAGAUGCACAGAGACCAGAGGCAGACUCUGUGGGGAAAACUGGCUUCACUCCUUCAGGAUGUCGUGCAGGAGUUACCUCCUGAGCGCUCGGAGGAGGGCAUGGAAGUGGAGUCAGCUGCAGACCCUAAACAUGUCACUGCUGUUGUGGAUGGCGUGACACUAGUGGCUGCUGUGUCCUUAAUGGUCCUACAAGACGGUGACACCUACAAUGCCCUUCUGAAAGUUGUCCACAGUCUUCACAAGGUUCUGGUAGCGCUGCCUGUCUCCGAGGCUCCUCUGCAGCUCCAUAUCCACAAACUGUGCGAGGCCUGGUGGAAGAAGGGGCUGAAGAAGAAAGAACAGUUUGGUCACACUGCGUUCCUCAUCUCUCUGCAGAAGAGCUUCAUUUUGAAGAAACCAGGCGUUGAGAUCCAGAGAGUCUGGAGUCUCCACGAUGUGCUUUUGAGUCUGGACUACACAUCGGAAGACAACAAGCCUAUAAUCGACUUGUUGCUUCAGUGCUUUCAUCGUCCUAUUUACAUGCGGAACGAUGAUGGAAAGCGAUUCCUGGUGUUUCUCUUCAGCUGGAACAUCAACUUCAUCUGGCUUAUUCACGGCACCAUCAAAAACCAGCUGGAGUUUUAUAGCAAGACGAUGACUCUUCAUAUUGCAGAGAUCUACUUCAGAGCAUGGAAAAAGGCUAGCGGGGACUUCCUGGAGAAGAUUGAGAGCUCGUGCCUUCAGGAUUUUAUGCAGAAUGCGAUUUUCCUUCACAGAGCAUCUCCCGUCCAUGCCAAAGUCCGACAGAUCGUGAGUUAUUUCCACUCGAGGAAGGGCUGUAACAAGGUGGACAAGAUGCUCUGUGACCUCUACAAGCCCAUUCUUUGGAAAGCUUUAAGUGCUCCAAACUUUGAGGUGCGUGCAAAUGCCACUUUGCUUUUCACUGAGGCCUUCCCGGUCCAUGACGUGGAACACAACAACAAGAACAUAGAUGAAGCCAUUCAAAAGCAGCUGGACACAGCGAUGACCCUCCUUGAUGACCCUCAUCCCACUGUACGCUCCACUGCUACCCUGGGAGUCUGUAAGAUCCUGGCUAAGUGCUGGGAGCUCCUUCCUCCCACAAUCAUCACAGACUUCCUGAAGAAGCUGGUGAUGGAGCUGGCGGUUGACACCAGCUCCCCUGAUGUCCGGUGCUCAGUCUUAAAGUGUCUGACUAUUGUCUUGGACAACGAUCUCAGCCAUCCAAUAUUGGAAAAACUCCUCCCUACGCUCAAAUACAGCCUCCAUGACAACUCGGAGAAAGUCCGCACAGCUUUCCUGGACAUGCUCAUCAAGGUCAAGGCCGUGCGUGCUGCCAAGUUUUGGGACGUGUGCAACAUGGACCACCUGCUGGCCCGUCUUGCCAUCGAUUCCCAUUCGGUGUCCAAGCGCAUUGUGAAUCUGCUCUUCAAGUCCUUCUUCCCCGUCAACGAGUCGGACAGGGAGUGGUGCUGUCGGUGCAUCACGCUCAUCCAGAUGAACCCCAUGGCUGCCAGGAAGUUCUACCAGCACGCCCACAAACACACAGCCCCCACCAACAUAAUAAAGCUGAUGUUCGCCAUUCGCCGUGUUAUAAACAGCUGUAUCCAGACUGACUGUGACCUGUCCGAGACUAACGACAGCAACAAGGAGAACAGCGCCGCUGAAGCUCUGCUGGGGAAAGACACGGCUGUCGUGUCCAGUCUGCUGGAGGUCGUCGUCAUCCUGUGGAGAAGUGUCGAGAAGGCCCUGAAACAAAAUGAAGAGGCCCAGAAGUACACUCUAGCCAAGUUUGGAAAUGUCUUAGCCAAGUAUUUCCAGGCCUUUGACGAUGAGAGAUGUACCGUUCCUCUCAUACAACUGGCCUCCUUAAUGCCCCCCGCCGCAGUUCCAACAUUCAGCUGUGGCAUCCUGUCCAGACUGAGGAGGAUGGAGCCGGGAGCAGGGCCAACACAGUAUAGCCAGCUGUUAGACUGCAUGUGCAGCUGGGGCAUGGCUGCCGACAUCCUGGAACUCGUCACCGACUGGCUCACCGAGGCUCUGCCCCAGCGAGGGGACGGCGCGAACACCAAACGGAAGGUGCGUAUCCAGGAGACGGUGGAGGCCAAACCAGACCUGGCCCUGGCGUACCUGGAGUACCUGUUCAGCCACACUUCAACACGGGAGAAAGUUCUGUCUCUGGGUCAGAAACCGCUGACGCAGCUCCAUACAGUUCUAGCAAACUGGAGAUCGGAGCUGUACACUCAUCUCAGCUCCACCACUAAAGAUUCCAAACGUCCCAGUGUGGAGACCGCACUGAAAGUCUUCAUGUACCACGGCCGCCUCGGUGCACAUCUGCAACAAAGUUACUCUGAGGGUCGAGAGCACCUGCUCUCUCUGGAGCAUGUGGCAUCGUGGGUGGCUGAGAGGGUGCUGCCCUUCCUGACUAAACGUACCAACGAAGAUGAGGAGGAGGAGCAGGAGGAGGAGAAGUCGCAGCCACUAGCUGCACAGAUAACUGAGAGUUUCCUGACUGUGUGCCGAGACGUUUUACUUGUCGGUUUGGGCGACGAGACGUUCAAGGGUCACAUCCUCCACUUGUGCUCGCUCACCCUCCUCUCAGAGGCAGGCUACCUGUGUAUUCCUGCAGUGCUGCUGAUUUUGAAGGAGGUGGCAGACAGCUAUGCACCUGGGGACAACAAGCAGGCUGAGGGAAAUGAGGAAGAUGCCGCUGCUGUCGUUCUGGGUGUGGUGGCCAACAUCUUCCAGAAGAUCAUCGAGCUGUUGGCUCGCCGCCUCAGGAAGGAACCAGAGGAAGGGAAACAGCUGUGUCAGUCGGCCCGUCCCGGCCUGACAGACUUCCUCCAGGUAGUGCAGACCUGGGACAAAGCCCCUCUCAGCAGCGUCUUCUCUACUCUUUUUGCCGUCAUCAUCGUGGAGAAGAGACAUUUGCUUCAGAAGAUUACCCAUCCUGAAGAGGUGAUCACGCCAGAGUCGGUGGAGGACAUGCCUCCUCUGUCCAGCGUCCUACUUUCUGUCAUCCUCAAACUACCCUCUCUUACCAGGGCAUUUUUGACAGAAGUCAGCUCCUCUUUCGACUCUGAGGCCCUCAACAGUCUGAAUGAACUGGCCGGCAUCCUGCACAUCUUGUCCGUCAUCAGACACGCCGGACACUCUAAACCGAGUUUAAAGAUCGCCGCCACGUCUGUCCAGCAGCAGCUUCACAAACACGCAGUCACAUCUGCAGACAGCAGAGACAUCCAGAGGGUUAUUUAUGAAUCUUCUGUGAAGACCUUGAAUGAAAUCCUGGAUCUCUAAAUUGAUCUAUUUGAAAUGUAAUAUCUAUGUAAUAUGACUUUCAGUUGCUAAAAAUGACCCGAUUAAAUACUCCGACGUCGCGGACCGGCUUUAAAAAUACAUAUGGUUGGAAUUGAAACGCAAAGCUGAGGACAAGUGCCUUUUCUUUCUUUCUUUUACCAAGAUUGGCUCCACUUCUCCUUGUUUAUUUAUUUCCUCGAUGUCGCACAUCGCUCAAGUCUCUCAAUCUUUGUGCAUCGAUAAUGUUAUUAAGAGAAAUUGACUCCACACUGCAGGUUACAUAGAUUGAGCGGUGUUCUUCUUUAAAGCUUCCUCUCUGCUCCACUUUUUAAAAAGAAAAAACAAUUUUAUGAAAUACAUAUAUUUUUUCAUGUUUCACUUUCUGUGUUUGUUGUUCUGUCGGCGUACGUGUGAGAAUAAAACAGAAUGUAUCAAUCAAUUUAAA